AUGUCAGCAGCAGAUAGCAAGACCAGACAGACCUCUGGCGGCAAGUCGUUCUUUUCGAGAGGUAACAAAAAGGAGAAGAAAAGUGAGGAUGGUAAACCUCUAGCAGGAGACUCGGAUAAGGCAAGCUCUGUUGGAUCGAAAUCAUCGCGGCACACACGGGAAUCGUCCGUCGUGUCAAUAGAUAUGCCGUAUUCGCCUGGCGCGGACCCGGGGGGAAUCAACAUGACGGCGGGUGUAAUAACGUCGAUUCCCUACGACAGCGUAUCCGCAAACAGCAGAUCGCCAAUACCGGUGGACUACCUACCAAGGAGUGAACAAAUGCCUGCGCGAAGGGAACCGUUGCCACAUCAUCUGAAUAAUGGAGGAGGGGACUUCCACCAGUAUCCAUCUUUCGAUCCAUCAACUAUCGCCCAUGGAAGCUCGCAUCCAUCGGGGCCGCGCCCCCCGCCGGGAGCGUCGAAUGUUACAAUGGCGUCUACUGGGAAUCGCACGACACAGCUGCAGCAGUGGGGUCCAGGGAGGUCGAGCGCGGCAAGCUCAUUGAACGCGCGCACAUAUGACCAGAGAUUGUACGGUGGAGGACCAGGACCAGGAUCGGAAACGGCCAGCGCAUCUUCCGCAUACGGACGAAGCUCAUUCGAACAGUCGGACACAGCUACUGAGCGAUCGAGCGUUUUCUCCUCGGCCAGCACGACGAGACCUUCCGCGCCGCAUUUGCAUUCCAAUAAUUCUUUGUCCCCAUCCUACCAUGCUCCGAACCGAGAAUCGCAUCGCCUCAGCAAGUUUUCUCACCACUCUGGCUCUUCUGGCCACGAUAGCUUUAAUAUCACCAAGCCGACCGAUGACCGAGUAAUAGAGGAACAGUUCUUACAAUUGAUGCAGAAGCGUGGAUGGCAGAACCUUCCAGAUCAAGCACGGAGGCAGAUGAUGGCAUAUCCGGCAGCGAAGAAAUGGACGUUGGUCCACCAAGAUCGUUUGACGGAAUGGCAGGGCGAGCAGAAGCGGCGGACAACUGCUAGACAGACAGGGCAAUACGGCACCGCGAUGGAAAUGCUUGCCAAUGCCGAGGAAGAGGGCACUCCGGAGUGGUUUGUGAGGAAGGUUAUGGAUAACAGUAUCUCCGCGAAGCAAUUGGCGAGUUUGGCUGUCAGCCUACGUACACAACCUAUAGGAUGGGUGAAGACCUUUGUGGAAUGCCAGGGACAGGUAGCUCUCACAAAUGUGCUUGGGAAACUCAAUCGAAGGCAGGCUCAAGGUCCAUCACCCGUGGACGGUUCGACUAGCGACAAGGACCUGGAUCGCGAGUAUGAUAUCGUGAAGUGUUUAAAGGCUCUCAUGAACAACAAAUAUGGAGCCGACGAUGCCCUGGCCCACCAACAAGUUAUUGUGGCCUUGGCUACUUCUUUGAUUUCCCCCCGAUUAACGACCCGGAAACUCGUCAGUGAAGUCUUGACAUUCUUGUGUCACUGGGCAGAUGGUCAAGGGCACCUGAAAGUCAUCCAGGCUCUGGACUAUGUCAAAAACCAGCAAGGGGAAAAUGGCCGCUUUGAUGCAUGGAUGCGUGUUGUUGAGGUCACGGUUGAUGGCCGAGGCAAGAUGGGCAGUCUUGUGGGAGCCAGUGAAGAAGUGCGGAGUGGUGGCAUCGGCAUGGAGAACCUUCUCAUGGAGUACGCUGUGGCUACCUUGUUCUUGAUUAAUAUGAUUGUCGAUGCCCCUGAAAAGGAUUUGCAACUUCGAGUCCACAUCCGGGCACAGUUCACAGCAUGUGGUAUCAAGCGGAUCUUGACGAAGAUGGAAGGCUUUCAAUACGAUGUGAUCGACAAGCAGAUCGAACGGUUCCGGACGAACGAGGCCAUCGAUUACGAGGAUCUCCUGGAACGAGAGAACAGCAGCAUGAAAGAUAGUAUAGAAGGGGAAAUGAAAGACCUGAAUGACCCAGUUCAAAUUGUCGAUGCCAUCAUGCAGAAGGUUCAAGGCAGUAGGACCCAGGAUUACUUCAUAUCGGCGCUGCAACAUCUUUUGCUCAUCCGGGAUAAUGACGGGGAGGAGCGGCUACGUAUGUUCCAGCUGGUUGACUCGAUGCUGAGCUAUGUUGCUAUGGAUAGAAGGUUGCCGGAUAUGGACCUGAAGCAAAGCCUCAACUUUACCGUUCAGAGUCUGCUCGAUAAGCUACACACGGACUCGGAAGCCCGUCAAGCAUUCGAUGAAGUCACAGAGGCACGCCAGGUUGCCGAUUCGGCAAUGGCCGAACGUGAUGAAAUGAGGGCCCAGAUCGAGCUUGGCGCGGACGGAAUGGUUAAGAAGCUGCAAAAGCAGUUGGAGGAACAAGCCCAAAUCAUAGAAGUCCAGCGACGGCAAGCAGAUGCGCUGAAGAGCGAAGUAGAGAACCUCCAGACUAUUCGUGCCAAAGAGGCUCAACGCAAUGAAUUGGAAACGAGAGAGCUGUAUCUUAUGCUUCGUGAUGCUCAGGACAUUGCGGCGUCAAAUGCUGCGAAGGGUGGCGUGGGAGCGAGCGAUCCAUCCCAGAUGAAAGGGAUACUUGACCGUGAGAAGCUCAUGGAUCGCCUUGAAAUGCAAAUCGAGCGACAAAAGACGCAGUACAAACUCGAAGGUAGAAUUUGGGGUGAUGCUGCAGGUCCUUCUGACAGACUCCGGGCGCUUCGUGAAGCAAUGGAUGGUGAACCACAAGCCGACGGGGGCACUCCACCUCGUGACUUCGCGAAUAGUAUGCUCGGUAGUGUUGCCCGACAAACAAAGAUACCCCGGAAACCCAUCAAUUCACAAGAAUCGCUCCAUGAUGAGGAAGAGGAAGCGGAAACGGAAGCUGGAAGGGAAGGAGAGGACGAUGGUACCGUUUACGAAAAACCACGCCUUGUCGAGCUGAGGCGGCCGAAACAGACACCAGAGUACAUGGAUGAAAUGGCCUCUAAAGUCAAGCGCCUCGAUGCAAGUGAUGAUGAAGAGGGUGACGGAGUUACCACAGGCCCUUCGCACCCAAGUAUCGAAUCCCAGUCUCCUAAGACACCCAGCGAUGAGGAGGCAUCCAAGGUCGAAGAAGGGUUCAAUGGCCCACCACCCCCUCCGCCGCCACCUCCUCCUCCCAUGCCAGGGCAAAUUCCUGGAUUUAGCGGACCGCCCCCGCCCCCGCCUCCCCCUCCGCCCGGAUUCGGAGGUCCCCCGCCUCCACCGCCACCCCCUCCGCCCGGAUUCGGAGGAGGUCCACCACCCCCACCGCCCCCGCCGCCAAUGCCGGGAGCCCCACGCAUCCCUGGGGCACCACCUCCACCUCCUAUGCCAGGCAAAGCCUCAGGCCACUUCUUGGCUCAACCUAUGUACAAUGCGGUUCCUACCAUUGGCUUACCUGUGGCUCGACCUAAGAAGAAGCUCAAGGCUUUGCAUUGGGAGAAGGUCGACACUCCUAUGACCACUCAUUGGGCUGCACACGCGCCAACGAUAGCCGAAAAGGAACAGAAAUAUGCUGAGCUUACCAGGAAGGGUGUCCUUGAUGAAGUCGAGAAGCUCUUCAUGGCCAAGGAAAUCAAGAAGAUUGGCAACGGCACGAGCAAGAAGGGAGACAAGAAGCAGAUCAUCUCUAACGAUCUCAUGAGGAAUUUCCAAAUUUCCCUCGCCAAAUUCUCUUCUUACUCCGUCGAAAGGGUUGUCCAGAUGAUAAUUCAUUGCGACAAGGAAGUGCUUGAUAACAAUGUCGUCAUGAACUUUUUGCAAAAAGAGGAUAUGUGCAAUAUCCCAGAAAACACGGCCAAGUUAAUGGCGCCUUAUAGCAAAGACUGGACCGGACCGGAUGCGAAUAAGGAGAAUCGAGAACAGGACCCCUCCGAACUCACACGAGAAGAUCAGAUUUAUCUGCAGACCGCAUUUGAGCUUCACCACUACUGGAAGUCGAGAAUGCGAGCACUCUCGCUGACCAGAACAUACGAACAUGAAUAUGAUGAGGUUUCCGAAAAGCUCAGACAAAUCGUAUCAGUUUCGGAAUCAUUACGAGAUUCUGUGUCUUUGAUGAAUGUCCUGGGUCUCAUUCUUGACAUAGGCAACUACAUGAACGAUUCCAACAAGCAAGCAAGCGGUUUCAAGCUGAGCUCGCUCGCGCGUCUUGGUAUGGUUAAGGAUGAUAAGAACGAGUCGACUUUCGCAGAUCUCGUUGAGCGUAUCGUUCGAACUCAAUAUCCUGAAUGGGAAGGCUUCACCGAGGACAUUGGUGGUGUAAUCACUGCUCAGAAACUGAACGUGGAGCAACUCCAACAGGACGCGAAACGCUACAUCGAUAACAUCAAGAACGUGCAAAUGUCACUUGACUCGGGCAAUCUCAGCGAUCCAAAGAAGUUCCACCCGCAAGAUCGUGUCAGCCAAGUUGUUCAAAGAUGUAUGAAGGAGGCUAGACGAAAGGCCGAACAGAUGCAACUUUACUUGGAAGAUAUGGUUCGUACGUACGAUGAUAUUAUGGUCUUUUAUGGCGAAGACCCCAGUGAUGACAACGCACGGCGGGACUUCUUUUCCAAACUGGCUACAUUCGUCACGGAGUGGAAGAAGUCGAGAGAGAAGAACAUCGCCAUGGAGAUCACCAAGAAGCGUAACGAGGAAUCAAUGAAACGGAAGCGCGCGCAGCAGUUGAAGGUCAGUGGUUCUUCGGAUGGUUCACCCCCUUCGCCAAUCUCGACCGGAGCGAUGGACUCCCUGCUUGAAAAAUUACGAGCUGCCGCGCCACAGGCGAGGGAUCAAAGAGAUCGGAGGAGAAGAGCACGACUGCAGACUCGCCAUCAAGUUCGCGUUGCCUCAGGGCAGAAGAUACCCGAUGCGGAUGAGAUACCUGAAGUAGAAGAGGGCUUGAAAGGACCCGAAACCCUGGAAACCGAAAGUACGGCGGCCCCUCCAGAGACAAUCAAGGAGGCUUCAGAAGACGAUAUUGCCGAGCGGGCUGCUCUAUUGCUGCAAGGAAUGAGAGGAGCAGACAAUACGGAGGAUGGAGAUGCAAAUGAUCGAAGGGAAAGCAUUCGAAGAGCACGGCGAAGAGAUAACGCGGAGGAGGAAAGGAAGGCUCGACGGCGGCGCAGAGAGAAAGUGGCGAGUGUAUCCGAACAUGCCGGCGGAGAAGCUGGCCAAGCGGAUGCCAGCCAAGGAGAAGCUGGUCAUGGAGAAGCUGGUCAUGAAGAAGCUGGUCAUGAAGAAGCUGGUCACGGAGAAGAUGGCCACGGAGAAGAUGGUCACGGGGAAGAUGGUCACGGGGAUGCCGAUAAAGGAGAUGCCGGUCACGGAGAUGCCGACAAAGGAGAUGCCGGUCAAGAAGAAGCUGGUCACGGAGAUGCCGACAAAGGAGAUGCCGGUCAUGAAGAAGCUGGUCCAGAGGAAGUUGGCGAAGAAGAAGCAGGCGAAGGGGAAACAGGCAAACGCGAAGCCAGCCCAGAAGCAGAAGAAGAAGCAGUAGCGCAAACAACGAUAGAAGCGCCUGCAUCAGAGGAUGGCCAAAAUCCGCCUACGCCUAAGCUCCCGCCUACGCCUACAACAAUAAUCAGCCCUCCAAGUCCGGACGGGUCGGAGAAGAAGCCUAUAGCGCUGGAUGAUUGA